AUGACCGACAACAUGCUCCUCCCACACUCGCCUACCUCCCAAGCGGCUGCUUGGAUGAACACCACCACUACCAACUCCCAUACCGGCCAGCUCUCUCCCGUCAGUACUGGCAUGGACAUCGCGACCAUGGAUCACUCCUGCGCCCCAACAAUGGUACACUCCGCCUCCUCGACCUGCACUGAUUCCUGGAGCACCGCCCACGCCGACGCCUUCGACGGAGACGAUGCUGACAACGAUAUUGUAUGGGAACAGGGCUCUGACGACAUCCUCACUCUACCCAAACUCGAACCAUUAGACGACGACUUUAAGCUGGACGAUGUGAAGGAGGCGCCUCUCGACGCAGCCGAGGCAGGUCUGAUUUCACCCUCCAGCACCCAACCGAAACAGAAGCGACCCCGUGGCAGACCUCGCAAGCACCCGCUGGGGCCUGUUGUGAACCCGAGCAAGGUGACCAAAGGACGAUCCAAGACCGGGUGCAUUACCUGCCGCAGAAGGAAGAAGAAGUGCGACGAAGCAAAGCCGAGAUGUAUGAACUGUGAGAAGAAUGCCGUCGUUUGCGAAGGAUAUCACGAGAAGAAGCUUUGGAGAAGCGGCAAGGAGAAAGCCUGCGAUGAUCGCACUGGAGAAGACUCGGUCGUCUUCACUAUGCAGCCCUUGUUCAACGGUGUUGACACCGUUGAGGACAAGUUAUUUUGGAGACACUACGGCGUCCACCUCAGCAACGUCCUGACCGUUGAGGGAGAGGCCAAGAACGCCUUCAAGGACAUUAUUCUCCCUUUGGCGAAUCUCCACCAAGGUGUGAUGCACUCAAUUCUGGCCAUGAGCAGCAAGCACAUCGACUUUGACACCCCGUAUGGUGCCAAAUUACUUCAACAGAACCCAACAACUAGCCGGGAAGCGCUGCAGGAGAGAUCUGAUUAUCAUCACAAGGCAGCAAUGGAGUCGUUCUACGCCGACAUUCGCCGUUCUGCAGAAGAAGACGCCGAUGGGCAGACGAUCUCAUCCGCUCGUUUCGCUCAGAUGCUCUGUCUUCUCAUCACAACGCUCAUUGAAGGCAACCCUCAUGGAGAACACAGGGUCCACCUUCGAGGCUACAAGGAGCUCAUUCAACAGACUCCUCCUGAAGACACCGUCUUCUUGAGCUUCAUUCAGGAGUUCUUCCAGUAUCACAUUUAUGCCGACGAGCUGCUGUGGCAUCCUUCCAUGGACGGCCCUCGUCUUGCUUCCGAGGACUGGAGCCCCCUAGUUCCCAUCGAGUCACCUCGCCUUUUGGGCGUUGCCGAUGGCCUCUUCCAGUACCUUUGCCACAUUACCACAAUCAGGAACACCAUCCGCGAGAACGUCUACCGAGGAUCUGAGACGGUUGUGAACUAUCACAUCCUAUACCGGGCCCAGGAAAUCCAGGAGGCAAUCGAAAAGUGGAUGCCCAUGUGGCCGCCAGGCGACAGCAGACACCGGGUUGGACACGUCUACAAGCACAUGAUGUUUUUGCACCUAUUCCGUACCAUCUAUCCUCCGACCGUGUCCGAGAGGCGCCCAUCGGUGUAUUCAGUGGCGACUUCAAUCGCUACUUCCAUCUCAUCCUCUUCUUCUCGUCGCCACUCCCAGAUUUCUCGCCCGUCUACGGCUACUAGCUGUGCGUCUUCGCCUGGUCUCCGACCAUCCACUGCUGCCGGAUUCCCGAUGAGCAUGCAGCUUAAGCGGGACCCCAACUCUCGCGGCCCGUCCAGGACAAGUUCGAUGCACGAAUCGGACGCUGGUUCCUGUGCCGUCAUCGACGAGCAGCGUCCUGCGUCUCCCCCGCCGAUCCGCCGCCCUCCUCAGCAUGACAACCGCAUCACAUCCGCGGUUGACGAGUCGUUGGCCAUCAUGGAGGGCUUCAAGCCCUCCGACCCCGCGUUGACGCUACUGCUGAUGCCGUGUCUGGUCAUUGGAGCGACCUGCUUUGAUCCGUCUCAGCAGGAGAGGGUCCGCACCGUGGUCCGAUCCAUUCGAGGCUACACUGGACUUCGCAACUGCGAUCGGGUUCUUGAAGUCCUCGAGGAGCUCUGGCGCCUCAUGGACUACGGCGACUGGCUUUCCGUCUGGGACUGGCAAAGCGUUGCAAGAAACCAGGGUCUGGACUUCUUGUGCACCUGA